GUGCGAGCGCCGCGGGGCCGGGCGGGGCCGGGAGGCGCUCCCAGCAUGGACUUUGACGACUCCCAGACGUGAAGUUGUCUGUGCUCUCCUGGGGACGAGGGGACAACCUGUUAGAAACAGACGUGGUUCUGAUUUCCUCAGAAGAAGCACAAAAGGAGAUGUCCUCUUCUUUGAAAAUAACUGGAGCCACUGGCAAGAAGCAGCGACGCUCUACCGAACAAGGGAACCGCUUCCAGGUUAUCCAAACAUGCUGCUGAACUGACUUUUGCAGCUGCAUUUUCCAAUGUACCAUGGGAUGCAUCAAAUCCAAGGCUGCCUUCCAAGGUUCCAACGCUGUGCAGGAUGAGCGCAUCGGGGCAGGCGGCGAGGGCUGUGCUGGGGAGAAGUCGUCGCUGCUGGCGGUGCAGGCGGAGGAGAAGGGGCCCUCGAGCGCCGCCGUGCUGGACUACGCGCACCGGCUCUCCCGGGAGAUCCUGGAGCAGGCGGUCAAACAGUGGGCGGUGACCGAGAGCAAGUACAGCGACAUCCCCUUCAUCGAGAGCGACGUGCCCUGAGCCUCCUGCCGGGACAGCCCCUGCUGUGCCCUGAGCAUCACCGUGGGGAGGUGUCUGCAGGGAGAGCCUGAGAAAAUCUGCCUUUCAGCCUGGAUUGCUAACAAACCACUUGGAUCGCAGUAGAACCUGUUUGUCAAGUGUCAUUCCUUGUCAGCCAUGUGUUGAGUGUAGUCUGUCUUUGUACGUGUUGGAUGUGAGCAGAAAUCAGCGUUAAAAGGGGGAUGAGAAGACUGUGGCUGCCCUGCACCUCUACAAGCACUGCCACAGAGGACAAAACGUGGAUUAUUUCUGUGUUCUGCAUAAAAGAUCAGUGGUCUGUCUGUAGGUGAGAUGAACUCUCUGUGCUUGGUGAUUUGUCUGCGUUUCGCUAAAGUGAAAUCAAGGUGUGCAUGUAGCAAAGGUUACUGCUGUCAUAAAUUUUACUUUUGAUUCUGUGACCUAACCAAAUCUGUAAAAUCACAAAAGGAAGGUGAUGGGAGGCGCUUUGCAAACCCCAGUAG